CAUCUCAAUGGCGAUGUCGAGCUGAGCACCACCCUAGCGGUGGAGUAGGGGAGCUGUGGUCGGCGGCGGCCGCCGCCAGUUGGGUGUCUCGGAGUGAGACCGGGAGAGGCGGCGGAGGGAGCUCAGGGAGGGAGGGAGGAGGGGCGGCGAUGGUGGGCGGAGGGGCGCUGCGGCGGGUGGGGAAGUACGAGGUGGGGCGGACGAUCGGGGAGGGGACGUUCGCCAAGGUGAAGUUCGCGCAGAACACGGAGAGCGGGGAGAGCGUCGCCAUGAAGGUGGUCGACCGCUCCUCCAUCCUCAAGCACAAGAUGGCGGAUCAGAUUAAGAGAGAGAUAUCUAUAAUGAAGCUUGUGAGGCAUCCGAAUGUGGUUAGACUACACGAAGUCUUGGCAAGCCGGAAGAAGAUAUUUAUAAUCUUGGAGUUCAUCACUGGCGGUGAACUAUUUGAUAAAAUAAUUCGUCAUGGAAGACUCAAUGAAGCUGAUGCACGCAGAUACUUUCAGCAGCUCAUUGAUGGUGUUGAUUUUUGUCACAGCAAAGGUGUCUACCAUCGAGAUUUAAAGCCCGAAAAUCUCCUCCUUGAUUCCCAAGGAAAUCUUAAAAUAUCAGACUUUGGACUCAGCGCCUGGCCUGCUCAGGGUGGUGCCCUUUUACGUACUACCUGUGGAACCCCAAAUUAUGUUGCCCCAGAGGUUCUCAGUCAUAAAGGAUAUGAUGGAGCACUUGCUGAUACAUGGUCAUGUGGAGUUAUUCUAUAUGUCCUGUUGGCAGGUUAUCUUCCAUUUGAUGAAGUUGAUUUGACUACCCUUUACGGGAAGAUAGAGAGUGCAGAAUAUUCAUUCCCAGCUUGGUUUCCUAAUGGUGCCAAGUCACUUAUUCACAGAAUUCUUGACCCUAAUCCAGAUAAAAGAAUCAGGAUAGAAGAGAUCAGGAAUGAUGAAUGGUUUAAGAAGAAUUAUGAACCUACCAGAGAAAUUGAAAGUGAAGAAGUCAAUCUUGAUGAUGUCAAUGCAGCUUUUGAUGAUCCUGAGGAAGACGCUGACCAUACUUUAGAUGACGAAGCAGGACCUUUGACACUCAAUGCAUUCGACCUAAUAAUUCUAUCUCAAGGCUUGAACCUUGCAGCACUAUUUGAUCGCCGACAGGACUAUGACAAGCUUCAAAAUAGAUUUUUAUCACGCAAACCAGCAAAGGUUAUCAUGUCAAGCAUGGAGGUUGUUGCUCAGUCAAUGGGGUACAAGACACACAUUCGCAAUUAUAAGAUGAGGGUGGAAGGUCUAAAUGCAAAUAAGACAAGUCAUCUCGCAGUUAUGCUUGAAAUUUUUGAAGUUGCCCCAUCGAUCUUCAUGAUUGAACUGCAAAGAGCAGCGGGAGACACCUCCGAUUAUAACAAGUUUAUAAAUAAUUACUGCAGCAAAUUAGACGAUAUCAUUUGGAAUUUUCCAAUUGAGAAGAGCAAAUCAAGGAUAUCGCGGCUAUCGAAGCGCUAGUCUGCUUUGACAUCCAUCAUUUGUACUAUGUGUAAUCUAAUGCUAUGCAGCUUGAGUGGUAUUGGGUUUGUUAGUGGAUGUAUUUGUAGAGAUUGCCAAUUCAAUUCAUCUCUGAUCUUUUAGUUAUAAGAGAUGACCAUGUACAAAGGGCCACUGAAAGUUUUGGCAUCUCAGUUUCUCUGUACAAUGUUUGCAGCGAGGUAUAUUAAACAGUUUGACUGACCGCCGCUCCCUGCUCAUCAACACGCUUUGUAGUUUGUCUCAAGAUGUA